AAAUCUCCUUCAGAACUAGGGUUUUCUCUCAGAGCCUCCUCCAUUUCCCAAUUCACUCACUCACAGAGAGAGAGAGAGAGAGAGAAGAGAAAUCUCAAUUCCAAUGGCACCAAAGCAGAGGACCCCAAAGGUUAGCCGGAACCCAGAUCUGGUUCGCGGGGUCGGCAAGUACUCCAGGUCCAAGAUGUACCACAAGCGAGGCCUCUGGGCCAUCAAGGCCAAAAACGGUGGCGUUUUCCCUCGCCACGACGCUCAGCCCAAGGCUCCUGCUCCGGCUGCCAAAGCUCCCAAGUUCUACCCAGCUGAUGAUGUGAAGAAGCCGCUCGUUAACAAGCGCAAACCCAAGCCCACCAAGCUCAGGGCUAGUAUUACUCCAGGAACUGUGUUGAUCAUUCUUUCUGGGAGGUUCAUGGGAAAGAGAGUUGUGUUCCUGAAGCAGCUCUCAUCUGGAUUGCUUUUGGUCACUGGCCCAUUCAAGAUUAAUGGUGUUCCACUAAGACGUGUCAAUCAGUCUUAUGUGAUUGCUACUUCCACAAAGGUUGACAUCUCUGGAGUUAAUGUGGAAAAGUUUGAUGACAAGUACUUUGCCAAGGAAGUUCAGAAGAAGAAAAAGAAGGGAGAGGGAGAGUUUUUUGAGGCUGAGAACGAGGAGAAAAAUGUACUCCCACAAGAGAAAAAGGAGGAACAGAAGGCUGUGGAUACAGCAUUGAUAAAAUCCAUCGAGGCAGUUCCAGACUUGAAGACCUACUUGGCUGCAAGGUUUUCUCUUAAGGCGGGCAUGAAACCACAUGAGUUGAAAUUUUAGAUGAAACACUGGAAAGUGUUAGGAUCUGCUAUUCUUCAUUACAUGUCUUAUUUUGUUUGAACUUGGUCUAAACAGUUGUACUCUUCUAGUGCCAUUGGUAAUAGACAUCGAAAUUUUGAUGUUGUGUUAGAUGAUGCAUUGUGCAAGAGAUUUUCCAUUUUCAAAUUUUGGUUAUGGGUUUGCAACUCACUACUGAUAUAUAUGAUAUUUGAUUUGCUUUUUCUCUUUA